GUGAGGGGAGGCUCCGCCCCCCAGCCCCGCCACGUCUCUCUCGGGCGCCGCUCCCGAUCCUGCUCCCGGUGCCGCUCCCGGUCCCGCCCCGCUCCGCCCCGCUGGGCCAUGGCGUUCACACUCUACUCGCUGCUGCAGGCCUCCCUCCUUAUCGUCAAUGCCGUGGCCGUGCUGCACGAGGAGCGCUUCCUUCGCCACGUUGGCUGGGGAAGCGAUCAAGGGAUUGGAGGAUUUGGAGAGGAACCAGGAAUUAAAGCACAGCUGACAAACCUCAUUCGAUCAAUACGAACCGUUAUGAGAUUGCCAUUAAUAGCCCUGAACUCCAUCACAAUCAUUUUCCUCCUGUUGUUUGGUUGAAGACACACAGUAGAGAUCCUUUGGACAUCCAAAGAAGCCAGUUGCUGACCACCACUGCUCCGAGUUCCCUGGAAUCCAGCAUGGUUUAGCUGUCAAUCUGACAUUCAACUUAAUAAAAGACACUGUUUCUAUUUAUCCCAUUUCCUAAUGUUCCCUUGCAGUUUCAUUAAGCAGGAUCACGGGAUCAAUGCAACAAUGCUGCAAACACAUUGGACUGUGACCAGUUCUGUUGCUGCCUGUUCAUAGUGUUGAUUAAUUAUUAGAGUAAAUGUCAUAGGAUGUUGCAGUGACUGGCAAUGGGCUGCAGCUUUUAAAUGCCUCGUUACUCAGGGAUGAAUUUCCUUCAGUACGCUCUCCAAUUUGUUUUUAAAUUGAGGAAAACAGCAAUCUGUUUGUUUCCAUUUCAAUUACUACCGUGGAACUGUUUAAGAGAAUAUGAAUUAGGCUCUAGAAAUGUGUUAUAGAGAGUACUUGUUAUAAAGGAUUGAAGUCCAGCUGAGAUACAGAGGGAGAUAAAACCAGCUGGGUAAAGUCCUGAUUCAGGUUAACAAUGAAAGCUGAAUUUUCCUGCUUUGAUUGGGGAUUUUUGUCUUCCAAGUCAGUAUUUCAUACUGAUGGUGAAGUCAGUUGAAAAUGGGUGCAAUUGCAGUGCAAAACUGAAAAAAAAAAAUAAAAAUUAAAAAUUAAGAAAAAAAAAGCUGUAUGUAAAGCUGGGUAACUCUGUUAACUUUGGGGAUAUUAGUGAUUAACAUUUGUUACUUUUCUGUCAAGGAUUGUUAUUAUACUUUUUAAAAUAUGUAUUAAACUUAUGCGUGGUGAUUACUGUGGUUGAAGUG